AUGGAAGAAACGUUAAAGAUGGGAGCCCGUGUUUUAGAUGGAGGGUGUGGGCCAGGUACUUGGCUGCUUGAUAUGGCUACGCAUUAUCCCAAUUCUCAAUUCUUUGGUGUUGACAUCAUACCAGUCUAUCCGAGUCAAAUAAAACCGGCGAAUGUAAACUUUUAUCAAUGUGACUUGAUACAUCUGGAACAGUUAGGUUUUGAGCAAAACUCAUUUGAUAUGGUUCGAUUAGCACACAUGCAGUUUGUGACUAGUGAAAGUGAUUUUGUCAAAAUAAUUGAAGAAAUGCUAAAACUGUUAAAACCAGGUGGAUAUAUUGAAUUUGUGGAAGGAGGACUCGGUGUUUCUAAUUCUGGGCCAAAUAUAACACGAAUAUUGCAAACAA